CGCGCUGAGCCCCGGAGCCCGGGAGCGCCAGGCGCCGGCUUGCGCCGUCGCCGCGCCCGCGCCACCCCGGCGCCGACCAUGUCGGUAGCCUCAGGAAACCUGCUCAGGAAAUUCCAGACCAACAUCUUCAAUAGGAGCGAGUAUCAGAACUGCUUCAAGCCCCGCGAGUCGCAUCUGCUCAACGACGAGGACCUGACGCAGGCAAAGCCCAUUUAUGGCGGUUGGCUGCUCCUGGCUCCAGAUGGGACUGACUUUGACAACCCGGUGCACCGGUCUCGGAAAUGGCAGCGACGGUUCUUCAUCCUUUACGAGCACGGCCUCUUGCGCUACGCCCUGGAUGAGAUGCCCACGACUCUGCCUCAGGGCACCAUCAACAUGAACCAGUGCACAGACGUGGUGGAUGGGGAGGGCCGCACGGGCCAGAAGUUCUCCCUGUGUAUUCUGACGCCUGAGAAGGAGCAUUUCAUCCGGGCAGAGACCAAGGAGAUCGUCAGUGGGUGGCUGGAGAUGCUCAUGGUCUAUCCCCGGACCAACAAGCAGAACCAGAAGAAGAAACGGAAAGUGGAGCCCCCCACACCACAGGAGCCUGGGCCUGCCAAGGUGGCUGUCACCAGCAGCAGCAGCAGCAGCAGCAGCAGCAACAGCAGCAGCAGCAGCAGCAUCCCCAGUGCUGAGAAAGUCCCCACCACCAAGUCCACACUCUGGCAGGAAGAAAUGAGGGCUAAGGACCAGCCAGAUGGCAGCAGCCUGAGUCCAGCUCAGAGUCCCAGCCAGAGCCAGCCUACUGCUGCCAGCUCCCUGCGGGAACCUGGGCUGGAGAGCAAAGAAGAGGAGAGCGCCAUGAGUAGUGACCGCAUGGACUGUGGCCGCAAAGUCCGGGUGGAGAGCGGCUACUUCUCCCUGGAGAAGACCAAACAGGACUUGAAGGCCGAGGAGCAACAGCUGCCCCCGCCGCUCUCCCCUCCCAGCCCCAGCACCCCCAACCACAGGAGGUCUCAGGUGAUUGAAAAGUUUGAGGCCUUGGACAUUGAGAAGGCAGAGCACAUGGAGACCAAUGCAGUGGGGCCCUCGCCAUCCAGCGACACACGCCAGGGCCGCAGCGAGAAGAGGGCGUUCCCUAGGAAGCGGGACUUCACCAAUGAAGCCCCCCCAGCUCCUCUCCCAGACGCCUCGGCUUCCCCCCUGUCUCCACACCGAAGAGCCAAGUCACUGGACAGGAGGUCCACGGAGCCCUCCGUGACGCCCGACCUGCUGAAUUUCAAGAAAGGCUGGCUGACUAAGCAGUAUGAGGAUGGCCAGUGGAAGAAACACUGGUUUGUCCUGGCCGAUCAAAGCCUGAGAUACUACAGGGAUUCGGUGGCUGAGGAGGCAGCCGACUUGGAUGGGGAAAUUGACUUGUCUACAUGUUACGAUGUCACGGAGUAUCCAGUUCAGAGAAACUAUGGCUUCCAGAUCCAUACAAAGGAGGGCGAGUUUACCCUAUCGGCCAUGACGUCCGGGAUUCGGCGGAACUGGAUCCAGACCAUCAUGAAACACGUGCACCCGACCACUGCCCCGGACGUGACGAGCUCGUUGCCAGAGGAAAAAAACAAGAGCAGCUCCUCUUUUGAGACAUGCCCGAGGCCUACUGAGAAGCAAGAGGCAGAGCCGGGGGAGCCGGACCCUGAGCAGAAGAGGAGCCGCGCACGGGAGCGGAGGCGAGAGGGCCGCUCCAAGACCUUUGACUGGGCUGAGUUCCGUCCCAUCCAGCAGGCCCUGGCUCAGGAGCGGGUGGGUGGCUCAGGGCCCACUGACACCCAUGAGCCCCUGCGCCCUGAGGUGGAGCCUGGGGAGCUGGAACGGGAGCGUGCACGGAGGCGGGAGGAGCGCCGCAAGCGCUUUGGGAUGCUCGACGCCACAGACGGGCCAGGCACUGAGGAUAUAGCCCUGCGCAUGGAGGUGGACCGGAGCCCAGGGCUGCCUGUGAGUGACCUCAAGACGCAUAACGUCCAUGUGGAGAUCGAGCAGCGGUGGCAUCAGGUGGAGACCACGCCUCUCCGGGAAGAGAAGCAGGUGCCCAUCGCUCCCGUCCACCUGUCUUCUGAAGAUGGGGGUGACCGGCUCUCCACACACGAGCUGACCUCUCUGCUGGAGAAGGAGCUGGAGCAGAGCCAGAAGGAGGCCUCAGACCUUCUGGAGCAGAACCGGCUCCUGCAGGACCAGCUGAGGGUGGCCCUGGGCCGGGAGCAGAGCGCCCGUGAGGGCUACGUGCUGCAGGCCACGUGCGAGCGAGGGUUUGCAGCAAUGGAAGAAACGCACCAGAAGAAGAUUGAAGAUCUGCAGAGGCAGCACCAGCGGGAGCUAGAGAAACUUCGGGAGGAGAAAGACCGCCUCCUGGCCGAGGAGACAGCGGCCACCAUCUCAGCCAUCGAAGCCAUGAAGAAUGCCCACCGGGAGGAGAUGGAGCGGGAACUGGAGAAGAGCCAGCGGUCCCAGAUCAGCAGCGUCAACUCGGACGUUGAGGCCCUACGGCGCCAGUACCUGGAGGAGCUGCAGUCGGUACAGCGGGAACUGGAGGUCCUCUCGGAGCAGUACUCGCAGAAGUGCCUGGAGAAUGCCCACCUGGCCCAGGCGCUGGAAGCCGAGCGGCAGGCCCUGCGGCAGUGCCAGCGUGAGAACCAAGAGCUCAAUGCCCACAACCAGGAGCUGAACAACCGCCUGGCUGCAGAGAUCACACGGUUACGGACGCUGCUGACUGGGGACGGCGGUGGGGAGGCCACUGGGUCACCCCUUGCACAGGGCAAGGAUGCCUAUGAACUAGAGGUCUUAUUGCGGGUAAAGGAAUCGGAAAUACAGUACCUGAAACAGGAAAUUAGCUCCCUCAAGGAUGAGCUGCAGACGGCACUGCGGGACAAGAAGUACGCAAGUGACAAGUACAAAGACAUCUACACAGAGCUCAGCAUCGCGAAGGCUAAGGCUGACUGUGACAUCAGCAGGUUGAAGGAACAGCUCAAGGCUGCAACGGAAGCGCUGGGGGAAAAGUCCCCUGACAGUGCCACGGUGUCCGGAUACGAUAUAAUGAAAUCUAAAAGCAAUCCUGACUUCUUGAAGAAAGACAGAUCCUGUGUCACCCGGCAACUCAGAAACAUCAGGUCCAAGUCCGUAAUUGAGCAGGUCUCGUGGGAUACCUGAAAUGCACCCGCUUCCCGGCCCAUGCAGGAGAGUCUGAAGGAAGGCCUGACGGUGCAAGAACGGUUGAAGCUCUUUGAAUCCAGGGACUUGAAGAAAGACUAGCUGUGUCCCAUCCAAGUUGAGCACGCGCCUUCCCCAGCUUGCAGCAGCACACCCCGAGCGCUGCUUUUCACCUGUACCUUUGUUUUAUUAUUAUUAUUGCUGUUGUUGUCAUCGUUAACUGUGGGCAUGGAAUGUGUGAGGCUGGCUUCUGGGUUGUCCACACCACUCUGCUGUGUUGACUUCCUAUUGUCUUCAUCAAAGCUCUUUUCCGUGGUAUUCUAAAAUUAGGCCAGCAGUGGGGGCUGGGAGGGCAUCUGUGUUAGUCCCUUCCUGGCUGUGACCCGCUGCACUCACUGUCAGUAUUAAGGCCCAGCAGCCUGUUGAUAAGCUACCCUGUCUCACCACGCGCUGGUGUGGAAACAGGGCCCAGCCAGCACGCCUCAAGGUAGAUGGAAUCCCCACUGGUCAGAGAAAAAGCCAUGCGGACACUCCAGCUUUUGGCCUGGGUCACAGCACUGACUCCUCACCCGCUAGUAUGGCUGUGAAGAGGAGAAGGUGCGCUGCCUUCCGGCCUGGGAGGAAGACAGCAUUUUGUAUCUGUUCCACUGAUGCAGCUUAGAACCACACCCCUGAGAAUCGUGGCAAACCUUUCACAACCUGGAAAAUGUUGAAAGCAACCAUUCCUAUUUUUGUUUGUUUUUUAUUAAAUCUUGCACAAAACCCCCGGCCCCUCUCCUUCCUUCCUUCCUUCCUCUGCUCGUUCCUUUCUUGGUCUCCAGUAACCCUGGUCUUUUCAUAACUACUCAAGAUUGUUAACCUGCAGCCCAGGUUUCAGACUCUGAUUGCAAAAAGUGAAUUCCCUCCAGGAAUCAUUCAAAGCGGGGGAAGGUUUGGGGGGUUUGGGUUUUUUUAACCUUUUGGAGAAGAAACCGUCACAUUGCUUUGGAAAAGGUUGAGAGGAGACCCCUGUUAAGUCAAGAAGAAAGUACAGAGGAUGUCAGAAUCUGAUGAGAACAGCACAUUAGUGUGUAUUCAGACUCUGAUCUUAACUCUCAUUUAAUCUGUGCUCUGGAAACCUAUCUUGCAACAUUUACUUUUAAAAGAGCCUGUUUAAAGUAAACCUAUACUACCAGUUUUGCUUUUUCUGACAGUUUGAGGAAGACCUUUUUAACUACCACAAAACAUUCUACAACAAUUCUUGAAAAUCUCCUAAAUUGGAGUCUUUAUUAUGGCCCCAUGAAAAGCAUUAAUUCCAUUAAGAUAAGGAGUAUAAACCCUGGCUGGUGGAAUAGGUUCUGCUACUUUAGGAGCAAGGUGGGGUGUGAGCAGAUGAUUUUCAUGCCAAGAACAUGCUUUCACUUUGUAUUCAUGCUUGAGUUGAUGUGAUGGUCUCUGUGGGUGCGUGGAUGCUUUGGGAGUAGAAAUCUAGAAAUCCUGUUGCUCAGUUUCUAGAUGAAGUCAUGAGCAUGGCCAUCUGUGGAGCUCUGGCCCCGCCCCCAUUGUGCAGAAAGGCUGGGAGAAAGGCCUGGAGUUUUCAUGUGUUUUAAGACCCAGGUUUAGGUGCUCUCUUCUCACUGGAAUAGCUAAGUGCUCUCCACUGGCAUCGAGCCCUUUCCACAAGUUUUUAAGGCUCUUAACCCACACUUUCACUCCUCUGCUACUAGUCUUCAGUGUUGUUAACAGCAAGAGAAAAUUGGGUUUGUUUUAAAAUCUACUUCUCUGAGGUGGCACAGUUGUGCAGCUGUAGUCCCAGCUACUCAGGAGGCUGAGGUAGGAGGAUCGCUUCAGUCCAGAAGGUUGAAGCUGCAGUUAGCCAUGAUCAUGUCACUGCACUCCAGCCUGGGCAACAGAGCAAGGCCCCAUAUCAAAUACAGAUACACUUAUCAGACCCCCCUGACCAUUUAGAUUAGCAGUGCUUUGAGAAAUGCACUAUGACCUUUCUGUGUCAAUGGGAAUAUACAGAAGGAACGUUCGGGACCCCACUGUCCCCCACAGCCCCAUUGUUGUCUCCAGCACACUGCUGGGACACACGAAUGCUCCAGGACAGACAGGGACCUGGUGUGCAUCAGGAUCUGACCAGACAGGAGUUUUUGCCUGUUACCUGGGUGCUACGAUUUCGUGCCAUUCUCUGAGGUCCACCACCUGCCUUGCCUGGCGUGGUUUCCUUCGUGAUCAUCCCUGCUGCCCCUGGGGACAGACCCACUGGCCCUUCUGCAGACAGCUUCCUGCCUUCUGCCCUCCAGGGGGUUCUGGGCAGAGUCCAUGCUUGGAGACAGGAUCUCUCUGCCUUCAGCCCUCACAGUGCUUUAAAUUAAAGCAAGUUUGCCCAUAGGUCAAAAGAGCAUUUGAUUCACUUUUUUCCAUCACGUAUCCCUUGAGGCUGGACUUCAGGAAUCCUAGAAAAUGAAUAUGAGUGCAGCAUGUAAGGGGUCAGUGACAGGCCAGCUGGGCAUCUGUAUUCCUCCCUGCCACAGGCCUCUCCCCCGGGGCUGAUUUAGUGUAGGGUAUUGCCAGGAAACGGACUGAGGCUGCUUUGCUAAGAGCUCCUGAAAAUGCCCUGGGCCUGCCCUGGCGUUUCUGAAGAGCCCUCACAAAGGGCAGCCACCAUGUGGGUCAAGGAAGUCUGGGUUCCGUGCUGGUGGGCUCCAUCUUGCGAUGGAGUGAACCAGGCGAGAAAGGAUGACGAUGUUCUUCGUGUUCCACCUAGACAUGCCCCAGGAACAGAGACUUGCCCAGAUGGCAACACUGGCACAGAUGUUGAUGGCUGCCCAACUGGUGCCACACUGAGCAGGGAGCAUUGUGCUGCACAGGGCUGGGCCCUCUCUCCAGUUUCCUUCCUGCAGGCAUCCAAAUACCCUGGAAAGGUUUUAGCCCCUGAAUUCCAGGGAGAAGAAAGAAGAACAGUGAAGAAGUAGAACUGGUUUCUGUGUGGGGAGAGGAAAGUCUUAGGGGCAGCUGCGGGCGGGGUCUCAGGCUGCUCCUUGGCACCACCCACACAAUAGUGAGCUUUCCCAGCUUUAUCGAUGAGGAAGAUGUUCAAAUAGAUAAGACUUCAGCAUUUUAAUUAUUUUCCUAUAAAUGUAUUUAUGUGUAGUAUGCUAGCACCAGCCGGUAAGCUGUGCCCCACAUAUGAGUGGGAAAGUGAGGCUUGUGUGAGUUUUUGCGGGCAUGUGCGUAGUUACCUUGCGUGCACACCUGCACGUGCAGAAUAGUCACUUUCUGCUGGUCAGUUUCUUUAUCCACACAUGGUGCCUCAGCCCCAAGCAGGUGUGGAGACCAGCGUUUCAGAGGAUGCACUGUCCACAGCCUCCCAGGUCCGAGUGGAUCAUGGGGCAGGGGUGGAGGCGGACAAUGCGCUGCCCUGUGAGCUGGAGGCCUGUGCUUCAGGGAGUCAUAAUGGGCCUGUGCUAAGUGGGUGAUGCGGUGAACAUCCCAGGGUGACUAGAGAUAGCAGCAUCGCGAACUUGUGGGUUUAUUGAACAAGAGGUAACAUCAGAGAGGAUCUUGCCUUCAGAUUCAGCAAGUAUGAAGGCAGAAGAGCAUGGAGACCAAGGCCCCACAGCCUGCUUAGUGAUGUGGAAGGCCCAGCAAGAACCUGUUUCUGCAGCAGCCACCAGCUCCUGUCACUCUCUGACCCUCCAGCUCAUGCAGCCAUACAGGGAGAAGAGGGAAUUUUGGCUGUUUAAAGAACACAGUUGUGAAUCUGAGAAUGUGCCUGAAAGGAAUACUGACAGAUAAGGCCGGAAACAAAACUGAUGGCUUGAAAAACAUUUUUAUCGAAUGUGUUUACUACCAUUUGUUUUACUACAGAGGUAGAUGGGACUCUUAACUUUUGGGUACUUGGAAACAUGCUGAGAAUUAAACACAAUCCUGAUCAUCACUCCUGCCUGGCCGUCUCCUGGGAGGUUGCCGGGUGCCACAGAGCUGGAACACACCAGAGCCCGCUAGGUGUUUGCAGGGCCCUGGAGGCCAAGGCCACUCUGUGUGGGGUCCCUGUUGGCAGCCAGGUCCCCACACAAACAAGUAAUCCUGUUCGGCCUACUUGGCUUUGAACAUGACCUACAGCCUAAUUUGGGGUGUAGGGGAAGCUCUGCUGUCCCCUGCUCCUUUGUAUGUUGGGUGAGUUUAAUGGCUGGCCACAUACCCCUUUCUCCCAGCUACUCAUUCACGGACUUGCCUAAGUUCUAAGACAGUCGCACUUAGAAAAGAAUGCGACACGUCAACAUUUACUGUUCCUGAAAAAAAAGAGUUUGCUCAACAUGGUCCUAAAGAAGCUUGGAAUUUAUAAGACCUUCCUUUAUAAAAUACAGUGUUUUUGGGGGAGUUGUUGUUGUUUGUUUUUUGCUUUUUUUUGUUGGUUUGUUUUUUGUUUUGAGACAGAGUCUUGCUCUGUUGCCCAGGCUGGAGUGUGGUGGCACAGUCUCGGCUCACUGCAACCUCUGCCUCCUGGGUUCACGCCAUUCUCCUGCCUCAGCCUCCCGAGUAGCUGGGACUACAGGCGCCUGCCACCACAACUGGCUAAUUUUUUUUUGUAUUUUUAAUAGAGAUGGGGUUUCACCAUGUUGGCCAGGAUGGGCUCGAUCUCCUGACCUCGUGAUCUGCCCGCCUCAGCCUCCCAAAGUGCUGCUGGGAUUGCAGGUGUGAGCCACUGUGCCUGGCGUAUAAGAUAGAGUUUUUUUUAAAAAACCUGUGACCCCAUUGUCACUAAGGGAGAAAGAAAUUAAGUAUUGUCAAAGUUUUAUAAAGAAUGGAAACGUAUGAUAUUAUACUUCGAAGGAAUUUGAUGUUGAAAUUUUAAAGAAAAUUUGUCAUGUUGAUGAGAAAGCUUCACUUUCCUGGGAGCGUCAUUCAUUUUAGGGUGUGAGAUGAAAAUCCUGGCUAGGCGAGUCACAGGUCUGAGGUACAAGGAAUUUGCGUUCUAAACAGGUUGUAACUUGCCGGAAGGUCCAUGUUGGAGCACUAAGAGGUGACACAGGCCAGAGACGUUUCGUUUCCCCUUUCCUGCAAGCUGGCAUCAGCCCUCUGUUUUCUCCUUUCAGCUGAAAUGAGCGAAGGUUCUCGGUGCGGGCAAAACAGCCCCAUUUCUGAAAGGAUUUGGGAAGAAAGCUGCUGGUAACUUGCUUAUUAAAAAGUUCCUUAGAAUUAAGGCAUCUACACACUGUUUUCCCACCUUUCACCUGCCUGGGCUUUCCUGCCCUCCAGCAUUCUUCUGAAGAGAGGUUCCUAGCCCACUCAGCGCAAGCGUCUUCAGUGGGUACUCAGCAGCUGAACGUGGGUUUUCCACGCACUUCAGACUUGGAGGUUGGCCAUGUACAAGCACACUCCUUCCCUCCCCGGGCCUCUCCAUGCCACCACCCGCUUUAAAGAUGUAAACUCAGUAGAUUUCUCAUCCCAUAAAAGGUCAUCUUCACGUCGAAAGGUGAAGGCCGCCACUGUUCUCAAUGCCAAGCAACAGAGCGUUCUGAGAUGGGCGUUCUUCCUUGCAUGGCAGCUAUGGCAGGUUGUUCUGCAGCCACCCCUUAGAGGGGGCUGUUCGUUGUACCCUUGUACAGUUCUUGUGUUUACACACUUGGGCCGAACAGUUUUCAGCAAGGGCGUGUGUCCACAACCGAUGGCAGUAAGAACCACCCUGAGCUGAAGGCUAGUAACACGGUGCUGUAGGCUCUUUAAAAGGAAAGCCUGGCAUAAACCCAGUAUGGAAAGGAACAUUACCAGUUCUCUCAAAUGUUGACCCGUUCAUUCUCUUGCUCUUUUCAGAACUGUGAGCUUCAAGUAUUCUUGCUUCUCUGUAAAGAGAAGACAUCUCCCUUCUCUGAAAUCCUUCAACAAAAGAAAAGACACUUGGCAGGGUAGGGGAGUCAGUAGCUCAACACUAGACGUCCCUAGAGAUGGGACAAGUUUCCGUCUGAACACGUCUUGGGUCCGAGUCCUUAGGUGUUUGGAUGCAAUACUUUGUGAAUACUGAAGCUACUGCAUGCUUGGUGUAGCUUGCAAUUUCUCUGUAUUUAAAAGCACUGUGUUUAUUUUCUUCAAAAUAACCUGUAUAUUAUUCAGAGCAAGCAAUGUAAAUAUUACUGAGAAGUUACUGCAGGGAUUUUUGUGACAAAGUUUGUAUGGGUUUUUAAAAAAAUCUUAGACACCCCUUUUUAAGAUGGGGAGAACAGGGUUGACUGCACCGUUGAACCCCACCCAGCAUUAUAAGGAAAUGUUUUUAAUGACUGCUGCAUCUUUGUAAACGUUUGGUCAUCUAACAGAUGGUUUUAAAGUAUAUAAUACCUAAAAUAACGAUAGCCCUGUAUCCAUACAUUGUUUCAUUGAAAUAAUUCUAUAUUGCCUGUUCUUGGUAGAGCCAGUGUCCUCAAGGAAAAUCAGGAAAAUGAAGAAAAUGAUGGCGCCAUCUUGACCAGACUUCUGCACAGUAAUUUAAGGCUAUCAUAGGGAGACUUGGUUCAAGGCACAGUUCUGGGAUCGGGGCCUAAAUGUGAAGUUUCUGAGAACCUUCAAGACCACUCACUGGGCAGGGCUCUGUGUGGAGCACCAGAGCUGUUUGGAUUCCCCAGCCCUUUGGUCAUAUCCUAGAAUUCCAUGGAGGCUGCAGAACUUCGAUGCAGCUGUUUUUUACAACACGUAUUUUUGUCAGAUUGGUAAGGAAACACUGAGUCACAGAAUACUUAAGAAUUGGAGACUCCAGUACUGUAGGAUGGCCUGGGAGGAUGCCCAAGUCCCAAGGGGUGGACACGGCAUGUUCCUCGGGCACGGCCUCAGUGGGGGCCUUCCCCAGGCACAGCUUGGUCACCUGAGGAAAGGGUGUUUCAGAGGCGCAGCCACACACACACAGCGCUUGCAGCUUCACAGUCACGUCCGUCACUCCCCGCCCCCCACCCACCUUGAGAAGUUAGUGGUGUCACAUACUUAGUUUUAUAGACAGCUAGGAAUAGAUUGUGAAGAACACUCAGUUCACUACUGUGUUAUGUUUAUAUCACAAGCUUCAAUUAAAAUGGAUUUUAAAGGAUUUUAGGAUUUACUUUUAGUAUUAACCACUUAUCUACUGACAUACUGUUAGGAUUCAAAACCAGUUAAGUGUAAGUAUUACUUCAUGUGGUUUUCCUAGGGUGAUAUUUAUAAAAGGUAGAAAGCAUCCAAGUGGCUCCUCAGUAAUUACAAUUCUUAAUGAUUUUUCUCACAAAACUGUGCCCUUCUGUCAGGGUCAAUGUCUCAAUUUAUUAUCAAAGACAAAACAUACUGUGCCAAGCUGGGGCACUGUAUGUGAACGGAGUGGAAAUGCUUCAGUCACCUCUGCCGCAGCUUGUGAUUCCAGCAGUUCUGAUAAACGUUCUGUCACAUGAUAAAAAGAAGCAGCUCGUGUAAUUCCAACUGGCAUUUUAUUUCUGUCCUGAUGCUAAAUGGUAACGCCUAACAGACUAAAAGCCAUGUGCAGAAGAAAGGGCUGAAUGAGUACCGCCUCCCCAGGUUCCAGUGCAGCGCUCGGCUCUGAGAAGUAGAGGCCUGGAGUUGGGUGAGCCAUCCACUGUCAGGCCAGUGUCUCAAGAAAGCCUGAUUGCUGAGCUGCUGCUCUCUUUUUUGGGGGGGGACUUUUGAGGCUUUUUUUUUUUUUUUACAAAGUUUGUGAUCAACUAUUCACUACAAUUGAAGUGUUACUUUGUCAGAAUAUUUAUUCCUUUGUGUGACAUGCUAGAUUCCCUGGAUGUAGCUGAUCAUUUUUAUUUUGUAAAUAUUACCUAACUUUACAUAAACUAUAUCAUAAUAAACUAUUUUUGCAUCACC